GGCACGGGUGAAGUGUGAAGUGGCACACCGUUCGCUCACGGCUCUCAGACGCCGGUGCGGCACGGGAGAUCUUUUCCACGUACGCCGCAGCUGCGCCACACUCCGGACCCGGCUAGUCCCCAGUCACCCCCGUCCCCCGGCGGCCAUGAGCUGCGCCGCGGCGUGGUCUCCCCCCUCAUCCGCUAUCGGCCGCAACCCCGGCCGUCGUGGCGGCAGGCGGCGCACCUGCUGCUCCUCCUCCUCCGCCGUCCGGCCCCGCGCGGCUGCGGCUGCGGCCGGGCAGCAGGGGGAGGGCGGCAGCGCACGGGAGGCCCCGCGUCUGGUGCUGCACGACUCCCUCGACGCCGCGGGGGUCGCCACCGCGCACGCCCGGGCCGCGCGGGAGGGGUUCGCGGCGCAGGUCGGGCGGCUCACCCGGGUGAACGCCGGGACCAGUAUCGCCAUCAGCCGCGGCGCCGACCUCGCCCGCGCCGCGCUCUGCGUCGCCGCCGAGGACGACUCGCUCGUCUCCCACUCCUCGGUCCCGCUCCCCGUCGACGCCUUCAUCGCGCGCCUCGACGACCUCUCCACGGGCUUCUGCGCCGGCGGCAACUUCCCGCCCUCCCGCGCGCCGCCCGAGGUCUUCUUCGAUUACCUCGACCGCUACCUCUACGUACACAAGGGCUUUCGAAGAACAAAUGGAGUGUCUGAUGUGCGGGCUAUGUAUCUUCAUUCGGUCUUGACAUGCCGAUCAGGAUCAGCAUUAAUGCUUGCAUUGAUAUAUUCAGAGAUACUGAAGACUGUACGAAUAUAUGGCUUGCUGGAUUUCGAUGCAGAGAUAUUCUUUCCAACUGAUCUCAACAGCCUCCCUAGAGGCUAUGACAAACAAAAAAGCAAGUUGGGGGAUGAGCCACAUAUUAUGACUUCAAAGUCACUUUUGGUUGAGAUUUUGAAAACUCUGAAGGCUACAUUUUGGCCAUUCCAGUUUAAUCAGUCUAGUAGCUUGUUUCUGAAUGCUGUUGCUGCAAACCACCAUGGCCCUGGUACUUUAGGUGACAACCAAACAAGGUCACAUGGCAAUAUAAGUGCCAUAGAGAUGGCUGCUGCUAAAGCUGCUCAGCAUAGGUUGAUGCGGGGAGUAUGGACUAAUGUUCGAUUUGGUGAUAUGCGUCGUGCUUUAGCAGCCUGUGAGCGGCUGAUACUACUGCAACACGAUCCACAUGAACUGAGGGAUUACGCCGCGCUUCUGUACCACUGUGGGUACUAUGAAGAGUGCCUACACUACUUAUCAUCGUACCAAACAGCCAUGGCUGGACAGUCGUUGAGCAACCGAUUGGAGAUCUUAGAGGACGAAGCCGUGGAUACUCUCAGAGCACGGGUAACACUAAUUUUAGCAGAGGAUGGCUGGAGCAGCCGCAGGCCAGCGGCAAGUUACUGGACCAAGAACUCCGAGCCGUGGUAGUUUAGCUAGCUGAUCAUCGUUGCAAGUGAAGCAGAUAACUACAGAUUGUAUAUAUCAUGUUCAGCCAUGUUGUGCAUAUGAUGGAUCGACAGCCACUUGUUAGUUACAUCAGAUUUCACUGCGACAUGGUUGAGACGUCGAACGCGUUGUCUGGACUCUACAGGGAUUACUUUUGUAUAUUUUAUAAAUUGGUUUGAUACAGUACAAAAAACAUCUACA